ACGCGCAGCCAGCGUGACGUCAUGAUCGACGCCAUGUUGGUUCGUCCGGUUCGAGGCUUCUGUUGUUAAACGAAAACGCGUAUGCGGCGUAUGUUGCCGUUGCUUUGAUACCGUAGUGACGCGCGACGCGAAGAUUGGAAACGAGUAAUAUCUCUUCCAGAGAGAACCGUCUUGCGAAUUCUCAAUCACGAUGACACGGCACGCGAGGAAUUGCACCGCCGGCGCGGUGUACACGUACCACGAGAAGAAGAAGGACGCCGCGGCGUCAGGUUAUGGCACCAACACUCAACGAGUGGGCAAGGACUCCGUCAAGGAUUUCGACUGCUGUUGCCUGACUCUGCAGCCCUGCAGGAAUCCCGUGAUAACGAAAGACGGUUAUUUGUUCGACAAAGAGGCGAUACUGGAGUAUAUCCUGGCUAAGAAGAGGGAGUACGCGAGGAAGCUGAAGGAAUACGAGAAGCAGAAGCAGAAGGAAGAGGAGCAGCAGCAAGAGCAGACAGCCAACGAAGAGCUGAAGAAGCUGCAGAAUUUUCUGAAGGGUGAGAAAACCAUCGUGUCGAGCGGCCCCAGUACGGCGGACGGACAGUCGGUCUCCAAUAUGAAGAACGGCAAGGACAAGGUGCUGCCGAGCUUUUGGAUACCCUCGAAGACACCGGGAGCGAAGGACGUUUCCCUACAGAAACCUGAUAAGACCAUUUACUGUCCGGUCAGUGGGAAGCCGUUGAAAUUGAAGGAUCUGCUUCCGAUAAAAUUCACAGUGGUCCAGGAUCCGGACGACAAGAGGUCACUUAUUGUCAAACAGGCGCGAUACAUGUGUCCCAUUACGCACGACGUGCUGGGCAACAGCGUCCCCUGCGCCGUGAUUAGAACAACCGGCGACGUGGUCACGAUGGAGUGUGUAGAAAAAUUGAUAAAGAAGGACUGGAUCAACCCACUGGAUAAUUCCAAAUUGACACCAUCCGAUAUCAUUCCUCUGCAAAGGGGUGGCACUGGUUAUGCAUUCGUUAAUGAUUCGUUAGAAGGCAAGCAUGAAAGGCCGGUGUUGCAGGCGUGAAAAAUACUUCUCAUCGAUUCAUUGUAUAUAGACACUGUUAAUUGGAUUAAGAAGGUACAAAUGUUAAGUAAAUAUAUAAAGGCAUUAAUUAGCAUUCA